AUGAGUAGUUUAUGUGAUGAUCUUUCAGAUGGAUCCAAGGAUGAUCUUUUGGACAGUUCCAAGGAUGAUCUUUGGGAUGGUUCCGAAGAUAAUCUAUGGGACGGUUCCAAAGAUGAUCUUUGGGAUCAUUCCAACAAUGAUUCUUGGGAUGGUUCCAAAGAUAAUUUUUGGGAUGGCUCCAAUGAUGAUCUUUGGGAUGGUUCUAAUGAAAAUCUUUGGGAUGGUUCUAAUGAUUCUUGUUCGAUAAAUUAG